AUGUCCGACCAACAUGCUCGUGAUCUCCAUUCUCAACCUUCGCCUCAACCAUCACACCAUCUUGUCGAACCCGCAUCCACUUCCGCCUCGGCUCACACUCCUUCCGCUGUCGCGCUAGAGCCUUCACACCAGCCAGAUUCACCUCUUUCCCCACCACCAACAUCCCGACAGCAGCAGCAGCCAGUCGAGCAAAGCGGACGCGAAGUAUCGUCUUCCCUUUCGCCUGCAACCUCGUCGAUCCCUUCGGUAUCUUCGCCGCAUCCUCCUGCUUCACCGCAAACUAGUCCCAAGAAGCGCGCUCCGGCUCGACGCCGUGCCACGAGAUCCUCCUCAGCUUCACAACGUGCCAGCACAUCUGUUGACACAGCUCCCAAGGCCUCACCUGCACCCAAAAAGGCAAGGGCCCUCUCUCGCUCUCGAUCUGCCGGCUCUGCUGCCCUCGAUCAAAGCACCGCCUUUCCCGAUUGUCUAGCCUCAGCUCACGCUCUUCCUGCGUACACUCACGCGCCAUACUUGAGCUCGCCUCUUGCCAACAGUCAACCACAGCUACCUCAUCAGCGGACACCCGUUCCGGCACAGUUCUCGGCAGCUGUUUCGCCAGGCUUGAUUGUGCCUCAUUCCCAGCAACUGACCGCUGCAAGACCACCAUCCUGGCCGCGAGGCUCUACACCGGCCGUUGUCUAUUCUCCUCCUCCUCAGUACGUUCCGCCCGAGAUCGUACAGCAGCAUCAUCAGGCCUAUCUUCACGCACAGCAAGCCUUCCUCGCACCUGCACAGCCGCGAGUAGGACCCAUCGCUCAUCCAAAGGCAUUUGUACCUGCGCAACAGACGCACUUGUCUCCGCAGCGCCAGGUCUCGUCGCCGUCCUAUCCACUACAUCCCGUAGCAUCCAGCGCAUCUUAUCGUGGUGUCAACUCUGAGCACCCGCAGCUGAGACACGCAUUCGCCUACCACCCCUACCCACCACGGAGUUCGAACCCGAACGCCCAGUUCAGGAUGGACCCUCAAGCCCAAGCUCAGAUGAACCAAGCGCAAGCGCAGGCGCAGGCACAAGCCCAGCAUCAAAUGCAGAUGCAGAUGCAAAUGCAAAUGGCGCAAGCACAAGCACAGGCGCAAGCGCAGGCACAAGCACAGCAACAAGCUCACACGCUCCGACGAAAGAAUGCGCAGGACGUUCUGGUGGGGCAAGGCUUCCGCGGCUUGAAGCGCGGCCGCCCAACCGAUCGUAGCCUGCCACCUUCCUUGAAGCGUCAAGUGCCCGAAUCGGCUUUCUACUCGGACCUUCAGCGCAUGGAGAAGAACCUCGACUGGACCGUAGCGAGGAAACGCGCCGAGCUUACCGAUGGCCUGUCGCGACCGCCCAAGAUCAAGCGCACCUUGCGCAUCUUCCUCAGCAACACGUGCUCCAACCAGCCCUUCCAGCUCGCAGAAAAGCAGAAGGGCAAGGAUGCCAGCACGAGUGCCGACGCGGGAGAAGCUAGUGAUGUCAAGGCGGAAGGCGCGACAGAAGGGGCUGACGGCAAGGAGGAAGAUGCUGUGCCGUCGUGGACGCUUCGUAUCGAGGGCCGACUCUUGGAGCCCUCGUUCAAGUCUCGAGCCAAUACUGCGCUCUCUGCGCAGGCGAGCAUUAAUCGCACCGGCGCACAAAAGUUCAGCAACCUGAUCAAAACUUGCGUUGUCGAGCUGAUGCGCGACGCGAGCCUCUAUCCCGACGGCAGCAACAUCGUUGAGUGGCACCGUCCCGUGUCUUCCGUGGCACCGGCUAGCGGCAUGCAAGCUGGCGGUGGUGCAGGCGGUCUCGGCGGCACUCAGGGUAUGGAGGCGCCGCUGGUCGCCAGUGCCGAACCCGCGUUGGACGGUUUUGAGAUCAAGCGCAAGGGCAACGUGCCGACCAAAGUCAAGAUCGUCCUCUAUCCCGCCUACACCCCGGAACGCUACUCGCUCUCUCCCGAACUCGCAUCCCUGCUCGACAUCCGGGAAGAAUCGCGCGCCGGCGUGAUCUCGGCCCUCUGGUCGUACGUCAAAGAGAAGAAGCUACUCGACGAAACAGAUCGCAAAAAGGUCAAGUGCGACUCGGCGCUGCGCUCGCUCUUCAACACGGAAACCAUCAACUUUCACCACAUGCCCGAAGUUGUCAAUCGCCACCUGCACCCUGCGCAACCUAUCGUGCUCGAGUACUGGAUCCGCACCGACAAGGCGGAGUACAAGCAUUCGACGGCGUACGAUAUCGAGCUCGACCUAGAGGAUCUGGCGAUUCGACAGAAGCAGCACAACGUGCUUGCGCAGUUUGAUGGGGCGAACGAUGCGACGGCCAAGGAGAUCGGCGAGUUGGACGAUAAGAUUGCCCAAGCUGCAGCGACCAUUCGGAACAGAGCGAGCGCGAGGGACUUCCUGGCGAGCUUUGCCAAGGAUCCACAGGGUCAGCUGACAACGUGGAUCGCUAGCCAGGCGCGGGAUCUGGAUGCGAUUCUCGGCAACAGUACCACCCCGGGAGCUGCGGGCAGCGUGGCCAGCUUUACUGCGGAGGAGAUGAGGAGAGCAGAGACGUUCAAGGGCACCUGGGUCGACGAGGCCGUCAUUGUCAAUGAGGCACAGAGAUUGGCCGAGAAGCUGCAGGAGCUGCAGAACCAGGCGGCACAACAGGGUCAGUCCAUGUGA